AUGAACACCGGCUCCAGUCAUGUCCCUGCUUCACCUAACAGCGAAGAAUCGAGCGCACUCGUCAAGAAGCCUGCUGCAGAUAAGAUUGAGGAGACGUCGGAAAAGAGAAAGCGAAGAGCAUCCUUCCAGUCCUGGACACCCACACCGCACGUCGCCGUCUCGGUGUUGCAUGAGAACGAAUAUGUGGAAUGCAUAAGCGAUCGAGUCGACAUGCGCGACCGAUAUCCUUUCGAAGGAAACGAAGAAAUUAUGGAGCAAGUUAUGAAGAGCAUAUUAUCUGGAGGCUCCGUACUCGUAGUCGGCGAGCCAGGGCGCGGGAAGCGGACAUUAUCGCUCGGACUCGCUAGAAGAUUUGCCGACCUUCAAAAGCAAGAUCCGAAGAAUUCUCUACAUUCUCGUCAGGUUUCCACUUUAGCUCUCGGGCCCUCGUUCUGGGACCACGGCUCACAAGACGACAUUUGCAAAGUGCAAAAACAAAUCCAGGAGGUGUUACGUCUCGUCGAGGCGGCCGGGCCGGAAAACAUAGUCUUCUGUAUCGACGAUGUUGACAUAUUGAGCUUUGUCGACAAGCUUGCGCAGAAGCAGUCGCCAGUAUAUGGGUCUCCCCUAUCAGGGCCUACUGGUGGGCAGGACAACUCUGAAAUAUCAUCCGAAAACAUGCUGCGGUACCUCCUCUUCAACCGCAAGGUGGUGUGUCUCUGCACGUGCAUCCGCGGAGCGUAUCAACGACUAAUCUACUCGGACACAUUCUACGACGAAAAGUUCACGAAAACGUUUCGUGUGCUGCACAUGCCGGAGCCUUCCGUAGCGCAGACGCUGCAGAUAGUGCGGGCGCAUCGCAAGAGAAUCGAGACGGAAUGUGGUGUGGUUUUGUUGGACGAGGGCUUGAGCGCAGCGACCGCAUACGCAAAGCACUACUUGACACAUAGAGAAAUGCCAGAGAGCGCGUUAGAUAUCGUGUAUGAGGCUUCCAAAGCGGCAGCAACGCAGGCGACGGCAGAGCGGGAUGUGGCGAUAGGGCAGAGCACUGGAGGGGCCAAGACGUUGACUGUUGUGGGUAAGGAGCGUGUGGAUGAGCUAAUCAAGGAAUGGUGUGGCUACUCGGGGGAACAACUAGUUGUUGCACUUUCGAAGGCAGACAUGCGGUGA